GAGAAGAUAAAAUAAACAAUAAUGCUUUUCCGCAAUCGCUUCGUGCUGCUGCUGGCCCUGGCUGCACUGCUGGCCUUCGUGAGCCUCAGCCUGCAGUUCUUCCACCUGAUCCCAGUGUUGGCAACCAAGAAUGGAGUGACCAGCAAGAAUCGAAAGAGAAUCAUGCCUGACCCAGCAACGGAGCCCCCCGUGAUGGACCCGGUAUAUGAAGCCCUUUUGUACUGCAACAUUCCAGGUGUGGCUGAGCGCAGCAUGGAAGGCCACGCUCCGCAUCAUUUUAAGCUGGUCUCUGUGCACGUGUUCAUUCGACACGGGGACAGGUACCCACUGUACGCCAUUCCCAAAACGAAGCGCCCGGAAAUUGACUGCACUCUGGUGGCUAACAGGAAGCCAUAUCACUCUAAACUGGAGGCUUUUGUGAAUCACAUGUCAAAAGGACCUGGAGCCUCUUUCGAAAGCCCCUUGCACUCACUGCCUCUUUACUCCAGUCACCAGCUGUGUGAGAUGGGAGAGCUCACACAGACAGGGGUCGUGCAGCACCUGCAGAACGGCCAGCUGCUGAGGGACAUCUACCUGAAGAAACACAAGCUCCUGCCGAGUGACUGGGCUGCAGAGCAGCUUCACUUAGAGACCACCGGCAAGAGCCGGACGCUGCAGAGUGGGCUGGCUCUGCUCUAUGGCUUUCUGCCAGAUUUUGACUGGAAGAAGGUUUAUUUCAGGCACCAGCCCAGUGCUCUGUUCUGCUCUGGGAACUGCUACUGCCCACUGAGGAACCAGUACCUGGAGAAGGAGCAGCGUCGGCAGUACCUAUUACGUUUGAAUAACAGGCAGCUGGAAAGGACCUAUGAGGAGAUGGCCCGGAUCGUGGACAUCCCCACCAAGCAGCUCCGGGCUGCCAACCCCAUAGACUCCCUGCUCUGCCUCUUCUGCCACAAUGUCAGCUUCCCCUGCACCAAGAACGGCUGUAUCACCAUGGACCACUUCAAGGUGAUCAAGACGCAUCAGAUAGAGGACGAGAGAGAGAGGCAGGAGAAGAAGCUGUACCUGGGGUACGCGCUCCUGGGCGCCCACCCCAUCCUGAACCAAACUGUCAGCCGCAUGCAGCAGACAGCAGAGGGCAAGAAGGCAGGGCUCUUCACUCUCUACUCUGCUCAUGACGUUACUCUGGCCCCGAUUCUCAGUGCCUUGGGCCUUACAGGAGCCAGAUUCCCACGGUUUGCGGCCAGGUUGGUCUUUGAGCUCUGGCAGGACAGAGAGAAACCCCAUGAGCACUCCGUCCGGAUUCUCUAUGAUGGUGUUGACAUCACAUUCUACACUUCAUUCUGCCAGGACCAUCACAGGCGGUCUCCCAAGCCCAUGUGUCCCCUCGAAAAUUUAGUCCGCUUCAUCAAAAAGGACAUGUUUGUGGCCCUGGGUGGUGGUAGUACCAAUUAUUAUGAAGCAUGUCACAAGGAAGGAUUCUAAAAGGUGCAUGAUGCAGCGCUGAGAAUCGACGCCAAUUCAAAAGAAUGGGGAAUGUCCACUUCUCGUUCUUUCGGCUGCUAAAGUUACAAGGUGGUUUGCAAAGGCCAGAAAUCAUGCUUGGGGCCCACGUGGAUUUGGGGUUGAACGGGGAGUAUGUUACUGUAAUUCGGUACGUGAGUAACUUGAGACAUAGUGGUCAGUUCACAGAGAAAGGAAGGUACUUUAUUCCAGCUAGACUUUACU